AUCUCUGCCGUCAUCUCGACGCCGACAAGUAUAAAGCGAAAGUCGCCUUCUCUCAGACCCGAGAGCCCUACCUUCGUACUUGUCGACGCAUUACACAGAGCCCGAAUCAUGCCCCGUGGUGAGGAGAACUAUCGCAACAUGGACGCACAGCAGCAGUUCGACCAACGCCGUGCGGACGACCAGGCGCGGCAAGACGCUCUGCUGGACCAAAUCCACGGUGGCGUCGUGGGUCUCAAGAACCAGGCGCACGCUAUUAACGGGGAAGUUGUGGAGCAGAACAUCAUGAUUGACGACAUUGGCAACCGAAUGGACAAUGCAACUCGGGACAUUGCACGGGAAGAGCAAGCGGCACGGGAGGUCAACGCCCGCAAAAAGAAGGCUUGCAAGUUAUACGGUGUUAUCGCGGUAUUGGUGGUGAUUCUGAUCAUCGUGUUUGUGAUUCCGUCGCCCAACUAAGCGAUCAGGUGCAAUUCUACCAUCACUCCGUCUGCUUUCCAGUGUUCGCCGCGGAUCUCGUUGACUAUGAGCAAAUAUCUGCCACAGCACAAAGCGACAAUAUGUCUGGGAAUUGUACACAUAAUACAACAGCUCCACGUCACAAAACUCCAGAAAAUACUUUUUGUUAACGUUAAAACGCGGCCGUGGAGACCGCAGGUUGACAUGCAGCGGCUCUCUAAGUCUACAAUACCACGGCAAGAGCCACCGCAGUUACAAGGCCCAUUGUCACGCUGCUGAUAGUCGCCAUCGAGGCGCCGGCAGUUAGCACGGCGCUCUCCGACGAGUCGUCCUCGUCGUCAUCAGGGGGCAAGCCGCCUGUGGUGGGCCCGGCGGGGGCGACGGUGCCCACCACGUCUCCUAUCGAGUCUCCACUGCCCGUGGAGUUUGUAGAGGUAGAAGUGCCACCACUGGAGCAGCCUGCCUUAAGUUCGCUGCUUGUGGGAGUCUUGGAGGCGUCUGACGGGUCACUCACGCCAUCCGUGACGAGUCCAGCUGUGCUGCCCGUCGUCCACGUGCAGCACGGGUCUCCGAGCUCCUGUCCGUUGGUAAAUCCGUCUCCGUCCGUGUCUGCCUGGCACAGCGCGGCGGUCCAGGCAUUUCCAGCGGUGGAGAACGCCUCGCCGAAGUCGCUGAGUCCAGUCUCGCCUGCUGGAUCCAGGUGCCCAAUGUUUGAGUUGUCGGGCACGUUGCCACCGUUCGGGACGAGCUUCACGUACUUCGCGUAGCCCUCCACCGUCGAGGGGGCCACUGUGACGGCCACAACUAGCGUCACGACUACCGACCGCACCAUUCUUCCAGAGUUUUGCGUUGGUCGGGAGUUCGCGAAUGCAAUUCGCUCUCCACUUGUGCACAGUUUGCCAUUCUGGAGACGCUUUUACUGUUCCGGCUGUUUCUACAUAAUCGUCGGGGAAUACGGAUCAGGAAAUAGUACUCGUGCUCUGAAAAAAAAAAAAGUAUUUUAUCCGAUUUUGGUGCCGGAACUGUCGGU